AUGGGGCAAGCAUCUUCGUCCCAACGCGCAGACUCGCUGCAUACCAGUUACAACAGCACUAAUAACAACCACGACCGCACCAACCGCAACUUAAGCAAUACCUCAUUGCACCCACUUUCGCAUUACCUGUACGAUCAGCCCACGGAACAACAACAUCUCCCCGAGCAUCUAAAUCCUUCUUUACAUCGUUCACAUCACUCUAUUGGUGGGGUUCAUACGAUGCCACACAGCCAUGUAUCUCUUCCUUUGAUCUCUCAAACUGCGCCUCCGUCUUUGUCCCCUUCCACUACUCAUAUCGCCACAUUUUCAAAUCCAAGUGACACAAAUCCAUCCCAUCUGGAGGACAGCUCUCUUGUAAACAUGGAACACAUGGGGCCACACAGUUCUUCCGCCACGCAGGAAACCUCUGCCUCUAUUACUAGACGACAGUCGACUAUGUCCCGUCUUGGUUCCAGGAUCCUUCCAAACGCAGUGAUUCGAGGAUUGCUAAACAGUGGUGAGGAAACACCAGUGGAAGGCCGUGCUCAUCGAAUCGGUCUUCUCUCUAGAACUCUACAUCGGUCCGAAUCUGCUCAUCAUUCGCACCGCUUUUCAUCAUUUACAGGGUCAAGCUCAAGGGGAAUUUCAAGAAGGCGUUCAAUACGUGGCCCAUACCCCCUUCCACGAGGCGAUCCCGCAUUUUUACCGGAUCCACCCCCAAAUCCCACAUACCUGGAUCCUACCACCACUGAACGUGACUCUGGAUCUUCAAGAUUGUCUUGGCGUCAACGGGCAAGACUAAGUCAUGUAAGACAUUCCAUCGCUGCUCCGAUAUCGCAUAUUUUUGGCCAGCCAAACGUACCGCCCGAGUCUUCUCAGACGGUGAUGCUACCGCCGCGUCGUCCAACUCGACCUGGAUUUUCAGAGGAUGGCGACUACCUUCCGCCACCUGCAACAAGAAGUACUCACCCAACCUCCCCAACCACUCCUCCUCGACCUUCUCGUACCUCGUCAUCCCCGCGAAGACAUAUUCUGCCACGUACUAGGCAUAUUCGAUCGACGCGUAGAGAUGAGCAAGCUCCGCAGACUCCUCUGUCCCGCGUUCUGCAAUUGGCAGCAGCGGCUAUAGCCGCUCAACUUUCUGGGAAUACCCCACCCGCAAUCCCCAAUAUCCAGGCUAUUGGUGGUGACGGAGCAGAGGGAUCCCUUGAAAACUUCAUACAAAGUUUACAGCAGGCGACAACUGUCCAAACACAGGGAACAGGAACUGAGGACAAUAAUGGAAGUACCCAGAGGGAAGCUGGUUUACCGCACGUCAAUUUCUUGAGGGUGUUCCGCUUCGUUAAUCCGGAUAAUUCCGAAGAUAGCUCAGUAAUUGGCCGUCCCAACCAGCCAUCUGAGGACAUCCAAAACAGUGGACCUGAUAGAAUGGAUAUUGAUGACCACCCUCCAGUUGAAGGGGCCCAGGACAGACGGUUGGUGACUUUGGUGGUAGUAGGAGUAAGGUCAGUUCCCUCCAUAAACAACGGAUCCGACUUGAAUACUGGACUCCACGCCCGUGCCUCGCUGGAUUCUCUACUCCGUUUACCAUUCAUCACACCAAAUAACGUUUCGCGGAACGAGCGUGGCUCCAGUGGAUUACUUCGGCGUGCUGAUAGACGGUCUAGAUUCUCCAGCCAUCGUCGCUCACUUGGAGGCAACACAUUUCCGGCCAAUUACGACAGUCAGCGUCAUCAAAGAUCACAUGUAGCAUCCCGUAACCAAUCGGAUUUAGCAAGCUCAUUACCUACAGUUCUAUCGGAAAGCCCUCCAGGUCCCAAUCCACCUCCAUCUACUCCUGCAGAGCCCGGUCUAUCAAACGUUUCAUCUGGAACCAACAGCCCGAGUCGGCGACCAUCAUCGUCCUCCGCAGUGCUGCCGCACUUAAAUGAGAACUCUGUCCAUGAACCAGACGAGUCUUCUGAAGAGAGCCCAUCUUUUAGCAAUGUACGCCAGCGUCGUAGAAGCGACUCUGAAACCGCCCGACAUCGUGGGCUCGGUUCCGGAGCAGCAAGGCGAAACGGCGUUGUUGAACCCGACACCUCCUUGCCGUCCGGUGGAAGGAGCUGGUUGAUAUAUGUUGUUGGAACGAACCUAUCUGAAAACCACCCAGCAUUCGCGACUCCAAGUUUGUUCACUGAUAACCCUACCUAUGAGGACAUGGUGCUUCUGUCAUCACUACUUGGUCCUGCCAAGCCACCCGUAGCUUCCCAUGAAGAUAUUGCUUCCGCAGGAGGAAUAUUCCGGUUGGUUGAGUAUGGUGGGGCUCUGAUUGCUGAAUCGGCGGAUGCGUCUGAGAAUACCCAGAAUAUCCCCAUCACGGAGAACGAAAGAUGUCUUAUCUGCCUUUGUGACUACGAAGCAGCAGAGGAGGUCAGACAGUUAACCAAAUGUCGUCACAUUUACCACCGUGAAUGUAUUGACGAGUGGCUCACGACUGGUCGCAACUCUUGUCCAUUGUGUAGAGGUCAAGGUGUAUCCAACUCGGAAACCAACAACAAUGCCAACACCAACCACCAGCAAGAGACGGUUUCAUAA